GACAGAGAGAGGGAGAGACACACAUACAGAGAGAGAGAGAGAGAGAGAAAGGAAAGCGCGCACAGAGAGUGAGUGGAAAAAGAAGAGGGGGUGUUUAAAAAAAGAAACAGCAUUUACAGAAAAGCACCCAGACACUAUAGAUAUAGACUUUUUCUAACCGGAUAUGGUAUGUUUUGACCGUCAGAAUGACGUGGUGCAGCUCUGUAAUGGCACCAAAUUAAUUAGUAAUUUAACAAGUAGUGUUCAGGGGCUGGAGCCCGGAGAGACACACGGCCAGAGAGACACACAGCUGGAGCCCGGAGAGACACACGGCCAGAGAGACACACGGCUGGGGCCCGGAGAGACACACAGCUGGGGCCUGGAGAGACACACAGCUGGGGCCCGGAGAGACACACAGCUGGAGCCCAGGGAGACACACGGCUGGGGCCCGGAGAGACACGGACAGAGAGACCCACGGCUGGGGCCUGGAGAGACACAAGGCCAGACAGACACAAGGCUGGGGCCCAGAGAGACACGGACAGAGUGACAUACGGCUGGGGCCCAGAGAGACACGGACAGAGUGACACACGGCUGGGGCCCGGAGAGACACACGGACAGAGUACAUAGAGACAAACGGCUGGAGCCCGGAGAGACACACGGACAGAGUACAUAGAGACAAACGGCUGGAGCCCGGAGAGACACACGGACAGAGUACAUAGAGACAAACGGACACACUUCUCUGACUCCUCGGCUGGUGGACCAGAAGAGUAGCUUCCAGUUGAAACCCCAUGAGGAAGCGUGUAAGAGUGGAGUAGAGAAGAGAGAGAGAAGUGGACUGAAGUAGAGAAGUACAGAAGAAGCAGAGAAGUGGAGGAGUAGAGAAGAAGAGUAGAGAAGGGGAGUACAGAAGAGGAGGUGGACCGAACGGAGCUACACGGGAAAGUUAACGAGGAGUUUGUGUUCCUGGUGUUCGCGCAUCCAGGUUAAAGAAAAGCAUGAAGACCCCGCGGGAUUCGGGGUUUGCCUUCCCAGACUGGGCGUACAAGCCGGAGUCGAGCCCAGGCUCCAGACAGAUCCAGCUCUGGCAUUUCAUCCUGGAGCUGCUCAGGAAGGAGGAGUACCAUGAUGUCAUUGCCUGGCAGGGCGACUACGGUGAGUUUGUCAUCAAGGACCCGGAUGAGGUGGCACGACUGUGGGGAGCCCGUAAGUGCAAACCUCAGAUGAACUACGACAAACUCAGCCGAGCUCUAAGAUACUACUACAAUAAAAGGAUCCUGCACAAGACAAAAGGGAAAAGGUUCACCUAUAAGUUUAAUUUCAACAAGCUUGUGCUAGUCAACUACCCCUUCAUUGACAUGGGGUCUGCAGGUUCCAGUGUGCCUCAGAGUGCUCCUCCAGUCCCAUCAGGUGUAGGAACCCACUUUCGUUUCCCUCCCUCAACUCCAUCUGAUGUUCUCUCCCCGAACGGCGAAGAGCUGCGCAGUCCUGGUGUGUUCACCAGUGUGGCACGGCGGGCAGCACGGGGGUCUGUAUCCGAUUGCAGCGAUGGCACCUCUGUAGCCUCAGAGCUGGAAGAGGUGGGCAUGACUGGCAGUGAUGAGCGUCCAGCAGAGCGAGCCUUCAGAUCUCUAUUCUUGCCACAUCAUCCGCGACUCACUCACGACUCUCUGUUCCGCAUGUAUGGAGUUCCUCCCCCUGCCGCAGUACACUUUCCUGCCUCACCUCUGCCUGGUGCCCCCCUGCUGCCCCCACAGCUCUCACCUGCGCUGUCCAUGACUUCAACCCCCAGCUCACACCUUCCCUAUACACCCUCACCAUCACUGGCAUCACCCAUGCCCGGGUCACACUUCUCAUUCAGCCCCGAAGACAUGAAGCGCUAUCUGCAAGCACAUGCACAGAGUGUCUACAACUACCAUCUCAGUCCGCGUGCCUUCCCACACUACCCCAGCAUUGUUGUGCCCCAGCCCCAGCGUCCUGAUAAGGGCAUGGCAGGGCCAACAGCAGGCACGCACUUUGUUGCUCACCCACUGCACCAUCAGCAGCCUGAAGAUCCACACCCCUCACCUUAUAAAUUCAAGCUUCAGCCCCCCCCGCUGGGCCGAAAGCACCGUGAUGGCCCGCCCCCUACAUCAGCAGGACUCUCAGGCCCUUCUGGUACUCCCUACACAGGCUUGGGUGAGUGCGGUUCUGCCACGGGGCAGGGUUUCAAUUGUUCAUCUUCUGGACUGACCAGCAGUGGUUCUGGUGGGCCACCAAAAAUCAAGGUUGAGUCGGUCUCAGACAUUGAAUCAGAGGAAGAAGUAGAGGUCACCGAUAUAAGUGAAGAUGACGACAACUGUGAUGUCUUUGCUCCAUCACACUGCAACGGCCGUCCUGCCCUUCUGCCCUGCCCUGAUGGGAUCAUGGAUAAUGAAGAGGAUGAGCUUGAGGAAGACCUGUUUAAGACCCCAGCAGCACCCUCUUCUGGCAUUAUUAGUGGCAUUGCUGCUGUGGUUGGCAUGACUUUGCCAGGCCUCAAAGCUGAACCCAGAGAGGGAAGUCCCAGCAGCCCCGGUGGUACCCAGUGCAUCCCACUAAAACUGCGUUUCAAGCGCCGCUGGAGUGAGGACCAGCGAAUGGAGGCAGAAAUUGAGGAGGCUGAAGACAAAAAGAGUCGUGCUGAAAAGGAGGAGCCCUCAGCCCAAGAAGCUCAAUCUCAGAAGGUGAUGCCAGUUGAAGAGGAAAUGAGCGGAGGGAGCUUGGCUGCUCCUCUGGGUGCAGGCCUGAGGAGGGUGAGCUCUGAGCUCCAGAAAGCAACAGCACAACUGUCUUUAGAAAACAACGGGUGCUAAGCUGAUAAUUGUACAUUGUGCUGCAUGUAAGAUGUUCUGCACCGAGCUGUGCUUACCUGUGUGCUGUGUGUACACACCUUAAGACUCAUUGGAUGAAAGGAUAAAUCUAUAUGCAGUAACUCCUAGCUGUUUUCUACACAUGCACACAAUCACAGCUUUGCUCUCAUCGAGGUGCUGAGACACUACAAAUGACCAAUACUGACUGUUAAUCCUCUGCAGAAUGAUUUAAUGAGGCCUGUUUCUGCAUUUGACCUGCUCACCCAUCCAGGCUGCUUAUUUCUCACUUAUCACUUCUGUAUAAACUUCUGCUAGUUACAUUAAAGGGAGGAACAUCGAUGCCUUUCAAGACCAGAUUAACAAAAGUGCCUGAAACGUGCUCAUUCAUAGAGAUCAAUGAAUAAAGGACAGGUGGCAACCUUCAUAUUGAGAAAGGACCUUUCCCACCUCAAGAUGUAGUGCUUAUGACACAUUUGACAUACAAAAUUAUCUGAUGAUGACUCUUCAUCCCCCCCACCGGUUAAAUGAGGAACCAUCUUCUGUCAGCAUGACGUUCUUAAAUAAGACUCCGGUCCUAGGAGGGACAUUUGCCGAACAAGUUUGCCUUUUGCUCCCCAAAACAGUACCUUUUCUGUCACUUCACAUCUACACACUAACUGCUCAACACCAUCUUUUGAUGCUCUUGGGGUCCAGAAGUGUAUUUCAGAAAAGCUAUAGGGGAGCACAUCUCUCCACAGAACUGUUCAUUCAGCCUCGGUUGGAGAAAAGGGACCACUUGACCCUCCACUGAUACACAGCCCUGGUGUGGACUAGAUUUUAGUAUCCGUCCUCUUUAAAGCUUGACAUUAAUGCCUGUGACCAAGUAUGACUGUAUAUAACGACUCCUUUGCCCCCUUUUCUUCACUAUAACACUGAAAAAGACAGUAGUGCACAACGAGCAUUUGCUCUUACAGCUUGUAAGCUUGUUCUUUAGUUGGUCAUGCCAGUCUAAAAUCUCAGGCAUACAUUAGCAAGACCUCACCUCGACUCUGUGGGUCCACGAAGCCUUUAACAAAAAGAAUUUAGAAAGUUAGACUGUGCCUUUUCUGUUCAAGCACAUUUGCUUACCUUUUCUUAAAAAAUGCUCCCACAUUAAAACACAAAAGAUGUAACCUCAGACUGCUGUAACAUCUUGGACAUAUAUAGUUUUUUAUCUAAAAGGAAAUCAAAACAAAGCCCAUAUAUUGCAUCUGUUUUUGCUAUAAAUAUAUAGGUAUAUAUUUGAUACAGAUUAUCUAUCUUCAAAAUUGGGAAUAGAUUUGAUGAUUCUAUUUUUAAAGACACGUGAUUUUUCUGAGAAUGGUUAGGACUGAUUAAAGUGUUAUUAAAGUAAAUACUGUAAGUGAUUGUACCUUAAUCCUUGAAGUUUUAUGAUAAUUGCUCAGAUACACAUGAUCAGAUGCAGAAUGCAGGGUAAAGGCAGGAUUACUUCAUGCAAGUUGAACCCAGUUGUUGCCCCUUUGCCACCUUGGGGAAUAACAUGAGCAGGGUCUUGUGAUAGACCUGCUGUCAGUGGCAUUGAGGUUCUGUCACUGAUGCAGGAGCUGAGCUCAGGCAAACAAAUCCAAUAUUACACCCUUAUAUCAGUGGAUCAAAUCUGAGGCAAGGUAAAACAUUUAUAUAAAUAAAUACACCCCUCUAUGCUGAGUACAUGCUGUAAGAAAUUCUAUGGCAGUACAAAAUUUAGCCACAAUCUCCUUUAUUGCUUUAUCUCGCUUUUAGAUUUGGUUUAUCGGUACAAUUGCAUCACACCAGCUCUACCUUACAGCUGCCUUACUUCAUACUUGUAUAAAAAAGUGCAUAUAUUUUUCAUAUCUUAUUAUAGACCUUGCUGUUUUUAUUAUAUCUAGACAUCAUGUAUUAUUUUUUUAAACAGUGAUAUUACUGAUAUUUUGUACCCUUUCUCGAAAGCUUAAACUUCUUACGGUUACUUCAAAGUGUAUUCCAAAUUCAUACUGGCGGUUUCUUGCUUUGUAUCUUUGCUGGUUUUAAUCAUUUAAAAGCCAGGUAAAGGGGAGGGGGAACAUUAUGCUAUCACAUUAUUUGUAUCUAAAUAUAUUCAUUUUUAUUUUUUUUUUGUGUACAUAUUUUUUGCAUUUUGGUGGACUGUACAACAAUGAAGCGAUUUCUUUAUUGUGAAUAAGGCAUCUUUCUUUUCUGUACAUUUCUGUACGUGUAUUCAUUCAUCUUUCCCUCACACCCACACUUGUACUCUCAGCAGUUAUGUUUAACACUCUAAAGAAGAUAUGUAACUUGACCUUGUGAGGAAAUGUAUUCUAGUUUCUCCUGUAAACUGUAAUCAGGGUUCAUUAAAAACAGGUAAACAUGA